AUGCUGGAAUUUGAUGACAUGUAUAGAUCCGAGGCCGAAAAAGUACGUGAUAUCGGAUCAGUCCUAGAUGGUGAAGCGGCCCAAUGGUUUGUAGAGCUAUAUGAAAUUGGGGCAGAUGAAACCCACUCUGUAGCUGAGCUGCUGCAGGGUCUCCGUCUUCGCUUCCAGGAUCUGGAUGCGGAAAAUAAAGCGAUUCAUACGGUCAAGACCAUCAAACAGGGCAACCGACCCUUUGCUGAAUUUGCCCGCGAAUUCCGAGCAGCAAACAGUAAACUCCCUGAUUGGCCGGAACGUAUGAAGUGCGAGUAUUUCUUUGGAGCUGUAAACGAUGAUAUUCGAGAGAAGGCGGUGUUAUAUCGUGAGCCUCAAAUGAUCGCAGAAUGGAUUACAGUCGGAACGUUGAUUUCCACCCGUCUCACCCGUGCCAGAUCCGGAAAACAAUCCCUCCAAAAACCACCAGCGAAACAACCGGCCUCUGCGCUUGCCAAAAAGUCCGGCGGCACGACUCCUGCUGAGACUACAUCGGAACGCCGUCGCCGGUUGGGUCUGUGUCUUUAUUGCGGAGGUCCGGGUCACCUGGCUGCCAACUGCCCAAAGAAACAAAAAACUCCUACUCCAGCUCCUCGCACCCAAACUGCAAAGGCUCCACGCCGGUCCGGACCGAAAAUACAGCAGGGCACUGCAAAAACAGCACUUGAAGACGAGGAAGAUGAUGAUUUCGUUGAUCCCGAUGGGGGAGACCUUGCGCCAGAUGCGGUGAGUGACGGUGGUGCCCCCAUCACUUUAAUGACUUCUCUUGCCAACCCCGCAAAAAAUACGCGUAUUUUGGCUCGCGCCCUAGUUGACUCUGGUUGCUCUCAUUGCUUGAUGAGACCUCAGGUGGCAGAGCAACUUGGUCUGGAGCGCAUGGCAUUGGUCAAGCCCAUUACCCUCACCCAAAUGGAUGGCAGUCCAUUAGGGACUGAAGGGCCCGCUCGUUUUAGAACCCAACCGCUGGAGUUCCCCAGGUUUAUUGGGAUCUUUCCAAAGUCUUUGAGGAACAGGAGUGUGACCAGCUACCCCCCCCCCCAUAGAGACACUGAUUGCAAGAUUCUCCUGGUACCCGGUGCACAGCUUCCCAAGGGUAGGAUUUAUAGAAUGAGCCCGGUAGAGGAACGGGAGCUACGAGCCUUCUUGGAUAAAAAUUUAAAACGUGGAUUCAUCCGGCGGGCCACUAAAAGCACCCAUGCCGCGCCGGUUCUUUUUGUUAAGAAGAAGGAUGGCACACUUAGGUUGUGCACCGAUUAUAGAGGACUCAAUGCAGUUUCGAUGUCAAAUAAAUAUCCAUUGCCCCUGAUCAAGGAUCUGCUUGAUGCCCUCGGUAAAGGACACAUUUUUACUAAACUUGAUCUACGUGAAGCAUAUUAUCGAGUACGCAUCGCCGAAGGCUAUGAGCAUUUGACAGCUUUUAAUACUAAAUUUGGCCAAUAUGAAUAUCUCGUAAUGCCUUUCGGAUUAUCUGGAGCGCCAGGAGCCUUCAUGUCUCUCAUUAACGAAGUGCUACAGGAUUUUUUGUAUAAAGGGGUGGUGGUGUAUUUAGACGACGUUCUGAUAUACUCGCAAAACCUAGAGGAACACGAACAGUUGGUCCGUUCAGUGUUGCAACGGCUCCUCGAUCACUCCCUCUAUGCAAAAUUAUCCAAAUGUUGCUUCCAUCAGUCAUCCAUUGAUUAUUUGGGUUAUCGAAUUUCACCUGAAGGUCUGGAAAUGGAUCCGGCUAAAGUUGCGGCCGUGGUGGAUUGGCCCGCCCCAACGACCCGCAAGGAACUUCAGUCGUUUCUAGGGUUCGCUAAUUUUUAUCGUGACUUUAUUCCCCAGUUUGCUAAGCUUGCCCUACCUCUGACUGAUUUAUUACGCACCAAGGGUAAAGAGCCUUUGGCUGCAAAACCGGGGGCGCCCCUUCAAUGGUCCUCUGCCUGUCAGGAAUCAUUUCACCUGCUUAAGACUGCGUUCACCACUGAACCUGUGCUGAAACACCCUGAUCCGAAUGUACCGUUUGUGGUGCAUGUAGAUGCCUCGGACAAAGCUUUAGGAGCCGCCCUCUUGCAGAAAAAUAAAGAUGACAAACUUGUGCCGUGUGCUUACUUAUCGAAAAAAUUUUCAGGUCCUGAACUCAAUUGGACUGUGGGUGACAAAGAGACAGCGGCUAUUAAGGAGGCGCUCAGCACCUGGCACCACUGGUUGGAAGGGUCGAAAGCGCCCUUCCAAGUCUGGUCUGAUCACAAGAACUUGGCAGCCCUCUCCACCCCCCUGAAAAUGUCUGCCAAGCAAUUGCGGUGGGCAGAUUUCUUCUCCAGGUUCCAGUUUACAGUUCACUUUUUUCCGGGGAAAAACAACAAAUUGGCCGAUGCCUUGUCCCGCCUACCCAAGGGGACGGACUCUUCGCUACGAGCCAUCCCUCGCACCAUCCUUUCCCCUGUUCAGCUUGGGUUGGCGGUUACACGUUCUCAGGCUUCCAGUCAACAAACCCCUCCCUCUCCGGACAUUCCGGACUUCGUUUCCCCUUUUCUUCAUCAACUGAUGGAGGCGGGUCGGGGAGACGUUCCCACGGCAGAAUCCGACCCUCUCUUACGUUUGGAAGGGGGUGUAUGGAGGAGAGGCGAGUGUUGGUACGUCCCGCCUUCUCUUCGUAAGUCAGUCCUCCUAGCUGGCCACGAUGCCAGGCAAGCGGGACAUUUCGGAUUUUUAAAAACAUUGCACCUGCUUUGCCGUCAGUUUUGGUGGCGCUCCAUGCGUAAAGACAUUGAAUCUUACAUUAAGGGGUGCCCAGUAUGUGCAGAAGCCAAAUCCAUCCCAGGCAAACCCCACGGAUUGUUGCACCCUAUCCCGGCGGCUGCCCGACCCUGGCAGGCGUUUUUGGGGUUGCUGGGGACCACCUCGGCUGUCGCCGCCCCCUACCACAGGUUGAAAUUUCGUGAAUGCGAGGAGGGCCCGGUAACCCCCAAAGAGGGUUUCGGUCCCCCUCUCUCAGUCUCCACUGAACAUGAGGAACCUGCGGAGUCUAUCUCCCUGGUCACCCUCUCCAAGCCUCGGCUUAGCCGUAGUAUGGCCUUCUUACACCUCGAAGAGCAGGUGACUGAGGCUGCCCGGAUGGCUAGACGCACGGUGUCCGCCGAACGCCUAGAGGUCCGCCAGGAGUAUUACGAUCCAGGCGGAGGGGUGUCGAUGGAUCGAGCCCCUCGUGAACAGCAUGUCACCACGCGCCAACAUAUGGAUUACAAACCGAUCAUGAAAGCGCUUCCUGAGGAGAUGGGAUUGUCCACCAUUCAUGGAGAUACCCAAGAGUCCUUGGAGAAGUUCCUGGAACGCUAUCUGGAGGACCCGCCGCCGACCGAACACUGGCAAAGUACCGGCGCGCGUCCGAAAGAGCCGCGGCCCCUGGCACCUCGAGACUACGUAGAGUCGGCUCUACCGUCGGCGGAGGGUGUUUCGACAGGCCCGAUGCCUCGCGGCUCCCGAGUCCAACUGACCUUCCCAGAUGACAGCCGAAUCCAGGAACUAACUGAAGAGGAUGAGGAACUCCUCGGAGCUACUGCCUUACCGACCAGCGACCCGGUGCCAACCGCUGCCCAGAAGGCGCAACAAUGGGAAGCCCAGAUGGAAGGACUGAAGAGAACCAAGCGUGAUUAG